CUGCUCCAGGGAGGCCUCCCCUGCCCAUCCUGUCUGAGGCAGUACCCUUUUGAACUCAGUCUUGAAAAUGAACCCAGUUGUUUCGCAGCCAGGAUAUGGCUCGGCGGUCUCGGGGUCUAGUGACUGGCAAACCGGCACCUUUGACUGCUUUGAUGACAUAGGGAUCUGUCUCUGUGGGGCUUUCUUUCCCCUGUGCCUUUCGUGUCAGAUUGCCUCUGACAUGAACGAAUUCUGCCUGUGCGGAUCAAGUGUCGCCAUGAGGACAAUGUAUCGGACCCGAUACGGCAUCCCGGGAUCCAUUUGCAAGGAUUUCCUGUGUCUGGCAUUUUUACCGCACUGUGCCCUUUGUCAACUCAAGCGAGAUAUUGAAAAGAGAAAAGCAAUGAAUGCUUUAUAAAAGAUGCUUGGUCAAAUUCACAUGGUAGUGAAAGAAAAUGCUGCAAUGAAAUACUGCAUCUAUUCAGUGCUAUCUCACCUUAAAUCUUAGAAACUAAUUCAGCUAAUCAUAUAGCUUCAAAU